GAUAGUCCUACGCUUGCGCAGUGCGGGCUGCGGACAGUGACAGGCACGGCGGAGAAGGCCGCGGGGCCGGGGCCAUGGCGGAGCCCGACGAAGUUCCCGGCGGCAGUGCCGUGGACGACUCGAAGGCGUUGAGCGCGGGGGAGUAUUCGCGGCGCGUUCACCAAUGGCUCUGGGACUCGUACUGCGGUUACCUCAGCUGGCAGAGCGGGCUGGCUGCGCUCAUGGCCGGAGCCGCGACGGCUUCUACCGCCGCCCCGCCGCCGAGCGCCUACUACUACAGCCCCUUCUACUACCUCCUCGCGGCCCCUCCAGCCGCUGCGCCCGAGCCCAGCGGCCCCUCCCGCGCACCCCUGGCUUGGCAGCAGCCGGCGACUGGCAGGCUCGCACCCCUCAGCCAGCGAGCUGGGCCCGCCCCCGCCAGCUCUCUGCGGGACACCGCUCGGCCAGCAGGUCGUGAAUUUGUUAUCCCGUCCUUGGCUCACAGGUUUAUAGCAGAGAUGGUGGAUUUCUUUAUUCUAUUUUUUAUUAAGGCAACCAUUGUUUUGAGUAUUAUGCACCUCAGUGGAAUAAAGGAUAUCUCAAAGUUUGCAAUGCACUACAUCAUAGAGGAAAUAGAUGAAGAAACCUCCAUGGAAGACUUGCAGAAGAUGAUGGUAGUGGCGCUUGUCUACAGACUGCUAGUCUGCUUCUAUGAGAUUAUUUGUAUUUGGGGAGCUGGUGGGGCAACGCCUGGGAAAUUUUUACUUGGCCUGCGAGUUGUGACAUGUGACACAUCUGUUCUUAUUGCACCAAGUCGUGUAUUAGUGAUUCCAUCCUCCAAUGUGAGCAUGACAACAUCUACCAUACGAGCUUUGAUCAAGAACUUUUCCAUCGCUUCCUUUUUUCCUGCAUUCAUUACCCUGCUGUUCUUUCAGCAUAACCGAACAGCCUAUGAUAUUGUAGCAGGGACAAUUGUGGUAAAAAGAAAUGGUAUCAGAUGAUAUCUAAAGAAGCCUCGAUUUUACUGUUCAAACUAGCUGAUGAACAUUUGUGUUGUUGGAUUUCUGAAUCUGUCACUUCAGUGCCAGUGACCAUCUUGAAAAUCCUGUUUUUUCUUCCUGCAUCACUACUUUGGAGAAAAAUGUUUAAUUUUUAGUAUUUGAACUAAGUAAGAAAACAAGUUAUCUUCAAAAGACAUUGGCAGAGACAGAUGCUAACAGUUUGAAUCCUAUACCGAAAGGUAGACGGACUCAUGACCAGCACACACAAACACUCUUUUGUUAUCAGAGGAGGUAAUCAAAAGGUAUUAACAGUAUUUUAGUGAAGGUAACAGUGCCACAUUCCUAUUCUUGAGAACUGCCGAGGGUUUUCUACUUCAAAAAGCCUCAGUCUCUUAAAUACAAUCAUUGUAUUAUUUCAAUGCACUUUUUUGUGUUACAUGACUUCCAUGGUGAGGCUGUUUUGAACAUUAAAUAGAGCAGAAACCAUCACAGUAGGCAGGUAAUAUUGGUAUUAGUGAAUUUGUAAAUAUUCCAAGCUCUGACUCUAAAGAAUUCAGAUCAACUGCAGUUUAAUCUUGGUUUUUGAUGGAGAUUAAAUGGUUUGACUGCUGCCACCCACUCCCUCCAAGCAGUUCCAUGUCUUUCCCAUAGAUACUUAACAGCUUCUUAUAAAAGCACAGAAAAUACUUCUUAAACUUUAUUUUAGUUUCAGAUCAAACUUGGUAUAAGCAGAAAUCUAUGCAUAUCUUUGCAUCAGUUUUUAAAAGGAUAGCACUAUUGCCGAAGUAAUAAAGGGAAUUGUGCAAGGUUGUUUAAAAAUCAAACAUAUAAAUAGGUAGUUUUCUUUGUCUGAUGACUGUGUGCCUGGCUAGCUUAAAUUUACUUAAUGAAAUAUAUUUUGCAUGAUUGUUUUAAAAAUAUACAAUACUAAAUAGCUUACACAUCAGUAUAAGCUUUUUAGGUUUGAUCCAUCUUUAUGUAUUUCUUUACAAGUAUUAGAAUUCUCUUUCACAGGUAUAAAAUAACUAGAAUAAGCUAUUUUCACUAUCUUGUUUCAAGUUAGCCUGUAAGAAAGGAACUAAUUUAUUUUAUUGGGCUAUGUGGUGCUUUUUAUUUCUCAUAAUUGCCUUUUAAAAAGUGUAAUAAAUAUACACUGCAGUUUAAAUUUUGGAAAAGCAUCCCAGUGUAAGGUUUAACACCAAGCCAUGAAUUUCCUUGAAAGGUGCAUACUACAUUGUACUGCUUGCUGUUAACAUUGUUGUACGUGUACCUAUGUACAUGUACGUGCAGGGGACCUCUGAAAACAAAAAGGGGGGGGAAAGGAUCAGCAGUAAUUCAGUAGGGCACAACAAAGAAGAAAAGCCAGUGUUUCUACCUUCCAGUAAUAUGGUUCAAGCAAAGUUAAGUAUAUUAGCAGGAAGGGAAUCAGUGAUUGCAGCCCAUUGCUUCAUGCCUGAAAUAUAAGUGGAUAAAGAGUGAGCGUUCAUUUUACUUGUUCUGAUAAUAAAGUGGAAGUCAAAGCAAACCUGGAAAAUACUGGUAGAGUUUUCAACACUGGCUGUAGAGAGGGACCUCUAAGAAAACACCCAUGCAGGCUGAGAUAUUUAGCACAAAUUUCUAUUUAUUGUGGUAAGGAUGAUCUCACUAAGCACUACCUAGAAUAUAGCAAACUUUUGCCUUCACUAAUCAUAAGUUAGCAAUACCUUGAGUGAUGUGAGGAAGCUACUAGCAUAUGGAGAGAAACAAAGGCUGUCUGUUGAAUUUGUCAGUGUGGCACAGCAGUUAGCGUUGUCUUUAGGCCAGCGAGACAAUUUCAAGUGGGCCUUAACCACAAAACUUACUAUGUGACUUAGGGCUCGGACCUGUCUCCCUUAUCUCACAAACUUGUAAGUGGGGGGGGGGGGGCACCCAGAACUAUUUGGAGGAAAGAUGGCAAAACAUGCAGUGUUCUAGCCUAACUUACGUAUAGAAACCUCUGGUGAGGAAAAUGCUUCUGCUGCAAAUGACAUUUCGGCAGCAGAAAUACAGCAUUAUCUAACAGAGGUCAUAAUGAACUACAGGGUGGGCUCUGCUGCAAAGUGUAGCUCAGCUAUCACAAGUCAGAGAAAGGUGGACUAUAAACAUAAACAAAUUACAUCAGCAAAAAAGUAUUAGGGAUUUGAUACUAUAUUAAAGUAUAGGACUGUAGAAAUAGUAAGAAAUCAAUCCCCACUCCCACAGUAUUAAGUCCUGUAAGGCUUAUUUGUACAUAGCCUUUCAUGGCAGUUGCAGUUGAUACUUUUCUCAACCCCUUUCUAGCUUAAAUAUUAUCACAUGAAACUGUCUUAUACUGGGUCAGGCUAUUGGUCUAUCAAGCUCAAUACUGCCUAUUCAGACUAGCAGUAGCUGUCUAGGGUCUCAGGUAGUUUUUCCUAUCAUCUACUUACCUGAUACUUUUAACUGGAUACAUUGGGGAUUGAAGCUGGGACCCUUCUGCAUGACAAGCAGGUGCUCGACUACUGAGCCUUAGUCCCUGCCUCAUAAAAAACAACUGCUUUGAUUAUGAAGAAUUUCGGUGACACUGAAUACUGCAUUGUUUUACCUUGUGUGCAGACCAACCUAACAUUCAGUAAUAGUGUCCUCUCCAGAGAUGAGAUUGCAUACAAGGCAAGGCCUGGUUAUUUCAGUAAUGCAAAAUGAAUUAAAAUGGAAAGAACAAAAAGCUAAUGCUAGCUGAACUAUACAGAAAUGAUCAGCUGUUUACAAUCACAGCUUUACAGAAUGUUGCGCUUCCUUUUUCAUAUUCAUAGCUAAAGGCACUUUUCUUUUUUUUAAGGCCCUAAUGCCUCUGUGGCUUUAAUCAGUCUUACACCCUUCACCCCCAGGUACUGCAAAUACCACUAAAAUAGUUUUAUUUAAAGAAUUUGUACAGUUUCUUAAUAAAAGUUUACAUCCUCAGAGA